AGCCUAUUACUGCUGAAGUAGUAAAUACCAGGGAGCUUGCUGCUUUAUUACACCUUUAUGAACAUAAGCAGUUAUCUACAUUAGUACCUUCAUACAAGAGGCAAGUUACCACACAAUCAGAAGCAUCUCACUGUACUUUAUCAAACUUCAAGGGUCAGCAACAAAGUUCAAGAAGUUCAAUUGCUUUACAAGCUGUCUCAUCCUACUACUUGGCACCUAUAUAAAAGCACUGAAGUUCAUUCUGCUCACAGUUGACUGAGUCUUCUGAGUUCUUUCUCCUUUUCUACAUUACCUUCCAACAACCUAACAACCAUGGUUACCAAGUUUGUUGGCAAGCGCUACAAGCUGACGUCUUCUGAGAACAUGGAUGCCUACCUCGACACAGUCGAGGCAGCUGAUAAUGUUAAGGCUCUUGUCAAGAGUGUCAAUCCUUCUAUUGAACUGGUGAUAAAUGGGGAUACCUACACCCUCAAGACCAUCACUGAGAAAUCCACUCGGGAAGUUACAUUCAAGAUUGGAGAAGAAUUUGAACAGACCUUAAUUGAUGGCCGCAAAAUCCCUACCACCAUCACGACUGAAGGCAACAAACUUGUGGAGGUGCAUAAGGCCCCCAAGCCAUCGAAGGUUGUUCGUGAAUUCAGUGAUGAUCAAGUAAAAAUUUCAUUGACAUGUGACAACGUCACUGCAGUCAGAAUCUACAAGGCUGAAUAACUCAUACAAAAAAUAUAAUAUUGUUUUUUAUAAACUACAUUUAAAUUCCUUGACAUGUUUUUAUCACCAUAUGGUGUAUAAAUAUGUAAAACCUUUGUACUUAUAUUGUGAUAGCCUUUGUAAAAAUAUAUUCUGUGAUUAAUUUUUUAUUGUACAAUAUUUAUUUGUACUGAAGUAAAUGGAGUGAAAAAAAUAUGAUUUACUUAACAUUUAUACAAUAAAUUCCUCCAAAUCAUUUCCUAUUUGAUCUUCCAAAAUAUCCAAAAAAAAAUUUCCAUUUUAAAAUAUAUAUUUUAGCUGAUUCGGAUAUAUUUGUUUGAUAAAGUUAUUAAACUUCAUAAUUGUAACUAAUUAUCUUCAACUUUGUCAUAGACCUACUUCAUGUAGUAUAGAGAAGAGUAGAUACUAAAUUGUUGAAACCGUUAAUUACAGAAUAAAAUGAUAUA